GGUAAAAAUGGCGCAGAGCGGGAAACAGGUGUCCGAAAAUUAAGAAAGUUAGUAAAUUGCUACUGCCACUGCCACCUACCCCUCUGCCUCUCUCUCUCUCUACUCUCUUCAAGGCAUUGAUCUCUCAAAAAUUAUGCCUUUAUUCGCUCUUUGAUCUCAAAUGUGGCAACUUCUCUUGGGCGCAGCUGUUGCAGGAUCCACCGGACUCCUUGCUAAACACCUCUUUAACCCUAAAUCAAUUUCUCAAGAUUCCUCAAACACCAAUUUUGAUACAGAAAAACAAGAUCCUCGUCUCCAAAAUCGGUAUUUGGAAUCUGGGUGUGAGAGUAAUUGGGAUGAAAAACCGAAGCAAGGUGAGAUCUUUAGAUUUUCCAGUUCUGAGUCUGCUGUAAAAACUAAAACUGGGGUUAAGGCAAGGAAAAAAGUUGUCUUGAAGAAGGCUGAGAAAAGAUCAAAUGGUGGUAGUGGUGUAGAGGUGAACACAAAGAAGUUUUCUGUUUGCUUGAAGAAGAGGAGAACUGCUAAAAAUGAGGCUUAUAAGUGUGGGGCAUUCCCUUCUAAAGAUAGCUCUGUAUUUCGCUGGGGACUUGGCUUUGGUAUCAUGUACAUGAUGUCAGCUGGGAGGGCUGAGAUCGAUAAAUUGAACUCAGCCUUGGAUGAGACUGCAAAAGUGGUUCAGGAGUUAAAAACUACACUAUGCAAAAGAAAAUCAUCUUGCAAUCUACAUGCUUCCAGUUCUGCAAGUGAAGUUGCCGCAAGCUCAAAGAAGUUUAGUGGCAAGAAUUCGCAGUUACUGCUCAGGAAGUCAGGUACUGGGAACAGAGACCAUAAUGAGACCAAAGUCUGCAGCCUCCCAGUAUUUGAUGAUGGUGAAUAUGCCAGUAGUGUUCUUACUGAAGAGCCUGAACCAGAGCUGGAGGUUGUGGAAAUGGAUCAACUAGAGGCAGAGCUCGAGUUAGAACUGCAAAAAUUGAGUGAGACUGAGGUUUCAGCCAAAAGUUUGCAUGAGCCAGUGGGAGAGAGGUUUGAUUCAUACCAGAGCAAGGGAGUAUUGCCGUCUGAACUAGAUCAGAAACUGUGCCAUGUGUUAAUCGAGCAGCAAGAAAACCAAAUCGAGGAGCUAGAAUCUGAAUUGAAUUCGGCUCAAUCCAAGCUCCGUGAGAAAGAAGCUGAACUCCAAGCACUAAAGGAUUGCGUUAAACGCCUGACUAAUUUCUCUCUGUCUACUGGCUCAGAUGACGAUACCGAGGCCCAAGGGGACCAAGAAUGUAUGAAGGAUCAAGAUAGCUCUAUUAAAAGUGGAUCUGAAACAAGGAAAUCAUUGGUUGGUAUGAAAAGACAUAUGGAGUUUUAAGUCCAACUGAUAUCAAGGUAAUUCAUAAGCAAUCGUCAGAGACCAUCAGAACAAUAAUACCAACAGUGUGGGUCACACCAUUCUUAAAAUCAAAAUCUAGCUUGCCUAAUUCCCUGUGCACCCUUCAAUAUUAUAUUACUAUAGCAUCAGAAACCCAUAAAUUGUAGUCUUUUUAUUGUAUUCCCCCUUAGUGUCUGAUUUCUUUAUUAGGAUAUCUUUAUAUAUAUGUUAUGCCUAGUGUUUGGAGCUGAACUCUUUCCACUAAGUAGUUCCUAAUUGACUUAGAUAUAGCUUGCCUAGUUGUUAGUCAAGCUCUUUCUUGAGUGCCUAAGGGAAAGCCUGUAUAUCAUAGUUGACUUUUUUGUUAUCUUGUUGGAAGAGAAAAUUACAAUUAUGUCCA